AUGAAGGUAACAGUUAGAUUGUCUACAGAGUCUUCAUUCCAAAUAACCAUACCGGAUAACUCGACGGUGGAAGAUUUGAGAAACGGUGCCAAGGUUGGCACAACCAACACAAUUCCAAAAGAUUUUAAGCUCAUUUAUAAUGGUGUGAAAUUGGAACCAUAUAGUAAAUCAUUAUCAGCAUUUGGUAUCUUACCGGAAAAGGAUUCGAUAAAUGUCAUAUUGAUGUCAAAUGGAAGCGACACUCCUCCAAUAUCAAUAUCACCACAACCAUCAGCGGAAAAUGCAACACAGUUGUCCGCUACUGGUACCGCCGUAACAGCCAUAAAAAAGACCAAAAAGAAGAACAGAUGUAGUUUGAAAUCUUGUGCUUCGGCGCCGUUACGAAUGGUGGGUACAUGCUCUCACUGCAAAGGAAAAUUUUGUGCAAAGCAUAGACUAUUGGAAGACCAUAUGUGCGUUGGAUUGCAAUUUUGUAAAGACAAUGCUCAUGAAAAGAACGCUAUGAAAUUACACAGUGAGAGCACAAUUGCUAGCAGAGUUUAG